ACAUGCGCAAACACAACACAUAACAUAUAAUACCCCUAAGGGUCAUUACAAUACAAUGAACAACAUGAUUUAUGAACGAGUUUGAUGUUACCUCUUCAGAAAAGAAAAAAUAAUUCAUUUCCGUUUAAUCUUUUUUGUAAGUUUCUUUAUGUUAAUGUGGCAAAGAAGGUGUGCUUUUACGUUACAUAUCAGAAGAUGGCGGUAUUGCACCUGCAUGUCAUUUUCUACCCGCCAACGAAGAAGACGACAACAACAACAGGAAGUAUUUCAAGUACAAGUCCGCUGUUUUCUUCGAGUUAUUUCGGUCUUCCUAUCGUUUACUAACAAGAAAUGGACGAAUAUAGCGAAACAGACAUUUUCCAACAAUUAUUGGGUAUGAAUUUAGUGCCAAGAAAAAAUGGCACUCAACGAUACAACGACACAUCACUCGGCGAUUUCUCAGAGAUGUGGUAUGGGGUUUUCCUGUGGGCAGCAGUCUCCUCGAUGAUCUUCCACCUUCCUGCAUCUCUCCUGUCAUUCAUUGCCCUUCGGCAGCACAAAAUGGCCCGAUUGAUGCCCAUUGCCAUCCUCUUAAUGGGAAUCAUUGGACCAGUGGGUGGAGGAGUCCUCACCAGUGCAGCUAUCGCAGGAGUUUACAAGGCAGCAGGGAAAAGGAUGAUUUCUCUGGAGGCUCUGGUUUUUGGUGUGGGACAGUCCUUCUGUAUUGUUGUUAUUUCCUUUCUUCGAGUGCUUGCCACCCUUUAGCAGCGCUGAAGCCGUUUUUUGUUUUUUUUUGUGAUUUUAAGUGACACUUUUCUGCUGGUCGGACAAUUUGAGACCAAUCGGACCUUUUAUGUGUCAUUUCCUGCUGAUGGAGCAGUCCGAAUGUGGAGUUUCUCCUGAUAGGACAUCACUGUAGAAACAAAAUGGAGGCACCAGUCCUGGUUGGGUGCCGGUUGAAGCAGCACAAAAAAAACAAUAGAAGAGACUGGAAAAUGGCGGCACUGAGUGAAACCCCCAGACCCAAGAGAAAACCCGGUGUCAUUUUUCAUAUCAGUUUGUCCGUUUAGUUGCUGUUGCUUCGUUUAUUCACGGCCCACAUUUAUACAGACUGGACUCAUAAUCUAACGAUUUUUAGAGCCUCUUGAUGGACAAAAAUGGGUGUAUGCCAGCUGUUAUACAUGAAGCAGGACAAUUCUAAAAGUGUUACUUUUGUUAUUUGUAAUUAUUUUAGCUUAAAAAUACAUAUGUCUCUGUUUCAUCUGGAGCAGAAUUUCUUAAUAUUUCUAAUUAUGCUGGUUCAUAGCUACCACUUAUCAUUAAAAUCUGCUUUAAGGAUUUAAUAUUCAAAAAUGUAUUUAUUGUCUUCAUGAAAAUAAAAAAAAUGAU